AUGCCAGCUAAAAAAAUCAAUAAAGACGAAAUUAUUGAAAAUGAGCAGUACGAAAAGGGAUCUGCAGAAGAAGAGGAUGAUGAUGAGUAUAUGAAUGAUGAUACAUCAAGUAGUAGUGAGGGAAGUUGUUCCACGGGGAAUAAUUCAAGUGGUACUGGUGGCGUUUAUAGCGAAAGUGCUAGUGCUAGUGAAAGUGAAAGUGAGAGUGUUUCUGAAAGUACAGAAGGAAGUAAUAAAUAA